UUGCGUUGGUUUCACUUGUCAACGUCUCUGCGCGAACGGAAAAGCAAAAAAAUGGGGAGGAAGAGGAAGCACAGCGAGACGGAAGCUCCGGCACCGGUGAAGAAGAGCGAAGAGUCUGCUCCAGAGAGACCCAAGAGAACUUUAUUGGGUUGGAAAGAUAAAAGCGAAGGAGAGGCGGAGAAAUCUAAAGCUUUGUCUUCGUCUGUAUUCAGGAAUAAAGAGAAGGUUUUGGUUACUUGUUCCCGUCGGAUUAGUUUCAGGUAUCGGCAUCUGAUGUUGAACAUGGUUUCACUUCUACCGCACUGUAAGAAGGAUAGCAAAGUUGAAGCUAAGAGCAGCAAAGGCGCCACUUUGAAUGAGCUUAUUGAGCUUAAGGGUUCUUCUUCCUGUUUGUUUUUCGAGUGUAGGAAACAUAAAGAUCUUUACUUAUGGAUGGUCAAAUCCCCUGGUGGACCGUCUGUGAAGUUCUUGGUUAAUGCUGUACACACGAUGGAAGAGCUGAAACUUACUGGAAAUCAUCUAAAAGGGUCACGUCCGCUUUUGACAUUCUCAUCCAAUUUUGAGAAAGAUGCGCACUGGAAACUCUUGAAGGAGAUGCUUACUCAGAUAUUUGGAAUUCCUAAGGAACACAGGAAAUCUAAACCCUAUCAUGACCAUGUAUUCGUUUUCUCCAUUAUCGAUGACCAUAUAUGGUUCCGGAAUUACCAGAUAUCAGUUCCUCACAAUGAAUCAGAUAAAAUUGCUAAAGGCGGCCUGGAUAAAAUGACCCUUAUCGAGGUUGGUCCAAGGUUUUGUUUAAAUCCAAUCAAGAUAUUCGGAGGCAGCUUUGGAGGACCAACACUUUAUGAGAAUCCAUUCUAUGUAUCUCCAAAUCAGAUUCGAGCUCUGGAGAAGAGAAAUAAAGCCGGGAAAUUUGCUAAAAAGAUCAAGGCGAAGACAAGGAGAAAGAUGCAUGAGCUCUCAAACCCAUUGGAGCCUGAUGAGUUUGCAGAUAUGUGGAAAGAUGAUGAAUGAUCAGAGUUCAAGAAAUUGUACCAGUUCACAUUUCUCUUACUGUUCUUUUAGUUUUUCCCUUAUCAAACAGAAUCAGAUUUUGUCUUACAAUGAUAUGUUUAGGGGUUAAAGCUUUAUUAAUUUUGGUUUGCAACGUUAA